AUGAACACAAGGAACUCUAUUAAUAAAGUAGAAUAUAGUGAUACUUAUAUAUCGUCAUAUGUUGAAUGGAUAAAUAACAUAUUUAACACUGAUACUUUAAUUAAUGUAAAUUUGUUAAAUAUAGAAAAUAGAAAACGAAAAUUGAAUGAAACAGAAAAUAUAGAAAAAAAAAAUAAAACUUUGAAUGAAGAAAACAGUUAUAACAAUAUUUUAAUUGAGGAAGCAGACUAUAAAGAUAAUAAUAAUCACUUAGAAAAGUUCAAUUUUAAUAAAAUUUAUAAAUCAACAAAUUUUAAUAUAGAUGGAUUAAAUGAUAAUAAACUUAACUUGAACGAAAAUUAUUUCAUAAAUAAGUUUAAUUUAAAUGAUCCAAUUAAAAAAAAUAGUUCCUCUUGCGAUAUAUCGGAAAUAGAGAGUGAAGAACCUUAUGAAGAAACAAUAAAAAAAAAUGAAAAUACAAAUAACUUAAAUCUUUUGAGAAAUAAUAUUCAAAAUUUAUCUGACGGCUAUGAUAAUUUAAAUCAAGUAACAAAAAAAAAAUUAAACACAGAUAUUAUAAUAAAUGAAAACAGUAAUGAAAUACAUAAACGAAGAUUUAAUUCAAUAGGUGAUGAGAUAAGUAAAUUUCUAAUUUAUUCUUCAGAUAAUGAUGAUAUAAAUAACACUAAUGUAGAAAAAAUAAAAACUAAUGAUUCUCUAUGUGCUUCAUAUAAUUAUGAUAAAAUUAAAAAAAAUAUACAUACAUUAGAAGAAGUUGAUAAGGAAUUUUACAUUAUUUCAAAAAAGGAAGAAAAGAAAGAGCAAGGAAGAAAAGAAAAAACUGGAAAAAUAAUGAAUAAUAAUAGUAAUAUUGAAAGUGAUAAUAUUAAUAAUAAUUAUAAUAAUGGCAUGAAUAUUAAUAUGAAUUAUAGUAUUAACUCCAAUAAUACAAGUAAUAACAAUACUAAUAAUAAUAAUGUGAAUAAAAAUUUUGAUAAUAAUAUUACUAAUAAUGCAAUAAAUUUAAAAAAAGAUGAAAAAGUAGUUAAGCAAGAAAAUUUGUCAUCUAAUAAAAAUUUAGUAAAUAAUUUUUGUUUUUGGAAUAUUGAAAAUGAAAGUUACAUAAGUAGACCACUAUAUGUUCAAAAUAUUAAUAAAAAAUACUUUACCUUAUUAGAAGAGUCAGAAGAAAUGAUUAAAAACUAUUCAUCGAAUCAAUAUUCAAUUAAAUUUGUUCCAAGACAUUUAUUAUAUGUAUUAAGUCAAGUAGCUUCAAGAAUUUUUUUUGACCCAAUGUAUAGAAAGCAGUUAUUUUUUCAAUUUUAG